AUGGCAAAGAAUCCUAACAAGAGAGUCAAAGUUUAUAUACUCAUUGAUGAUCAGAGCAACAAAUCAUUAGCAGAUACCAGAAUCUUUGAUAUGUUGGGAGUUUCUGGAGAAUGGUCAAACUACACCAUGAAGACAUGUAAUGGGGAAAGAGAAACCAAGGGAAGAAAUCUGAGUGGUCUUAUUGUAGAAUCUCUUGAUGGGGCGACCAAGAUAGAAGCACCAAGCUUGCUAGAAUGUGCGGAAAUCCCAGGAAAUAUGUCGGAGAUUGCUAUACCUGAGGUAGCGAUGGCCUUUCCUCACUUGAAGUCCAUAGCAGGACAGAUCACACCUUUGAAUAAGGGUAGUAAUGUGCUGCUGUUGUUAGGACGUGAUGUCCCGCAAGUACAUAAGGUUAGAGAGACAUGCAAUGGGCCCAACAAAGCACCAUGGGCUCAGAGGCUGGAUCUGGGAUGGGUAGUUGUUGGAGAAGUUUGUCUUAAUGGAGUUCAUAGGCCAAAAACUAUCUCUACACUUCGCACACAGGUACUCAUAACUGGUAGGCCCACAACUUUACAACCGUGUCCGAAUACAUUUCAAAUCCAUACAUUAUUUGAUGACAAAGUUGAUUUCCGCAGUCUAUCAGUUGAAGAAAGAAAGUUUCUUGAAAUCAUGGAGAAGGAAGGCGGACUUCGGGAUGACAAGUGGACAGCACCGCUGCCUUUCAAGAAGCCAAGAGAACGUCUCCCAAAUAAUAGAGAGCAAGCAUGGUCGCGAGCUCAAAUACUCAGGAAAAGCAUGGACAGAAAUCCUCUUAAAAAACAACACAUGCUUGAUUUCAUGGAUGGAGUUAUCAAUAAAGGGCAUGCAGAAGUUGCUCCUCCAUUGAAGAAUGAUGAAGAGUUGCCAGGUUGUUACCUUCAAGAAUGGAAAUCUUGGAAAAAUGAUUUAAAAGAACUACAAAACGUUUCAGUACCACGUGCGUACCCACUUACCUUUGGUGAAAUGGUUGGACUUCAUGUGUUUUGCGACGCAUCGGACGUAGCAGUUGCCGCCGUAGCCUACUUGUUCAGUAAAGAGGGUGAACAGAGACACACAGGUUUUGUCUUUGGUAAGUCGAGGUUAGCACCAAAAGCGGGACACACAAUCCCUAGACUGGAGCUGUGUGCAGCCGUAUUGGCUAUAGAGAUAGCAAAAGUAAUCUGUGCUGAAGUCGAUAUACCUUCUCAGGAGGUGACCUAUCAUUCGGACAGCAAGGUAGUCUUAGGAUACCAAAACAACACAACUAGGCGUUUUCAUACAUACGUAGCAAACAGGGUGUUUAAAAUCUUGCAAUUUUCUGAUCCCCAUCAAUGGAAGUACGUUCAUACAAGCAAGAACCCUGCGGACCAUGGGACAUGCCAGGUAGCUGCACGAAACAUGAAAGAUUGUCCAUGGCUUAAAGGUCCUCAUUGUUCAGUAUUCAAUGUAGAUGUACCAGAAUGGUUUCGCUUGGUAAGUCCUCAACAGGAUAAAGAACUCAGACAAGAGGACAAAGUGAUUGUUAUGAAGACAAAUGUACAUGAAUUUUGCCUUUUGGAAAGAGCCAACAAGUUUUCAUCUUGGGAAAGCUUGAUUAGGCCCAUUACUCUACUUAUACAUGUGGCUUGUUCAUUCCACUACAAAAAUAACGAUGAUCAUUGCAAAGGGUGGCACCAUUGCCGUCUGAAUGAUAUAGCUCUAAAACAGAGAGCAGAGACUGUCUCUUAUCAAGAAAAAUUCUAUCAACGAGAACUGAGAAGCCUGAAAAGCAGCAAACCGCUACCCAACGACUCAUCAAUACUAUCACUGGCUCCCAUGCUUAAUGAAGAUGGGUUAAUCUGUGUUGGUGGGCGACUUAGGAAGGCGACUCUUCCAAUUAUCAUGAAGCACCCUAUUGUCGUACCGGGUAAGUGUCACAUUGCAACUUUACUAGUAAGACACUUCCACCAUAAUAUAUAUCACCAGGGCAGACAGUUUACUGAAGGAGCAGUGAGAGAAGCUGGGUAUUGGGUAGUCUAUCGUAUCGUCUAUCAUCCAUCAUUGCGUAACCUGCAGAAAGUUAAGAGGAAAGCUCAGUAUCCAGCGUAUGGCUGA